CCCCCCCAGCCGCGCGCUAGCCGCAGGCUCUAGCUACCGGGGUGGACCCGCGGACUGAUCCCCUGACUGGGCAGGUUUCGGGGCGCGGGGCGCUUUUCUGCGCGGAGGGCGGGGAAGCGCGCUAACUUCGCUGUCCCACCUGCUCCGUCCGGCCCCUGGCCGCGGUGCAGCCAUUGAGUCCGCAGCCUUGGCUGGAGAGCAGGGGCCACACAGGCAGAGCAGAAAGUGAAAGUAACUUGUGCACGCGGAAGUCCCAUGGGAAAAGCAGAGCCCCGCGGAGCCAGCGGGUCUGCCCCAAGGAAGAUGCGGCCAGAGGGCUGGUGAGUCCGGGAACUCCCGCUCCUUCGCACAGCAGCGCCUGGCGCAGCCUGGCCCGGCGGAUUCUGCACUCCCAGAGCCUCCCCUCGCGCUCUGCACCAGCCUCGCACCAUGCACAAGCCUCUGCCACCACCAUGACCGAGAAGCCACCAGCGCAGCGCUCUCCACCUCUCCCUGCGGACAAUGUUCCAUGGUCAGAUUGGUAGCAACCUUGUGUUUCCUUUGUCUUCCUCUGCAGAGUAUGUGUGCCAGUCACUUGCCAGGGUUAUCUGGUUUUUUUUAGGUCUGUGUUUGGGAUUCUGCCACUGUUCAUAGUUCUGUUGCCAGUAAAUUCAUCUACUUGUGUGAUGGAAAAUACAACUGUAAUACGUGAAAAGUAUGAGAAUAUCCUAAGCCACGAUAUUGAUUUGCUGGAAAAUAUGUCUGAAGAGUAUCGUGACAGGUGCUGCAGGAAUAAAAGACAUGAAAACCCCAGUGCAAUUUUCUGCAAUGAUACUCAGGAAAUAAGGUCAUUACAGAAUAUGGCAUGUGACUUGCUUAAAUUCUUUAAUAAACAAAAGAUCAACAAAGAUUUCAGAUGGCAAACUGCUGUGGUUUCAUGUAUGACAUUAGAAAUUCUACAGUGCAGAUGUGAUAGGGGGAGCAAAAAUAGAAAGGUUUGCAUAUUGGUUACACAAACCAGCAAAGACACAACAGGGGCACAAGGCCCCAAGAAAAAAUGUUGCCAAGAAUUAUGUGAACUAAAGGAAACUAUAUCUAGUCUCAGAUCCUGCUGGAAUAAGUUUGAAAAAGAUAUUGCUAGUCCUGAUGAGACGAUCCUAUGCCUUGUUCCUGGGGACAAAGCCAUUGGAAACCAACAAAUUGAACUGCUGAAGUACAAGAGGUGGAAGCUAACAACACAAUUGGAAGCAAAGACAAACAGAAUAGAAUGCUGUAGCCCCACCUUCACACAAUGAAAAGUACUUAGACUCUGUAGCUAUCUACAAGUACUUGGUCAUGUUUUUUGAGUACCUUUAUAUGACUUUAAGGUGAGAAGAAACUUUUUAGAUGCCUGCUGCGAUGCCUACUGCCUUGGAAACUGCAAGGAAAGAAAAAUGUCAAAUUAAUAGGAUGUUUUAUGUAACCACAUCAUGGAUCAAAAUUAACAGUUAUGCUAGUUAAGAAUGGCUCCUGAGCCAGUUCUGCUGAUGCAAUAAUAUUUGAAGUACUGGUAUCUGAUGGGAUCUGCAAGCUGCUUUUAAGGCCAAAAAAAUGAAACCAGGUCUCUGCCACAGGAAAGGUAUGGGAAUGAAUUAUUUUUACUCAGCCUAGGGAGAGGUAUCAGUUUUGGAGGGAUCUAGCACAGAUGCUGCUGAAGUAGCUAGAGGCAAGACACAGUAAGGCCUGUGGAUACAGAAAAGGGUAGCUCCUGAACAUGAGGAAGAUCAGCUAACUGGAGAAAAUACUAGCUUUGUGGAUUUGGUAAUCACAGUUAGCUGCAGGAAUAGUUAGAAUAGCUUACAUUAAUUGUGAUGACUUUAGUGUAUAUAUUUUACAUAGUGUAUUUAACAUAAAACAGACAUGACUUAAGAUAUGUAUGAGUAUUUUCAGAGAAUAAUAUAUUGGCAUUUUACUAAUUAUAUGUCCAUAUUUAAUUUUUGAUGAAUUUAUAAAUAUUUAUUAGUUGCUUAUACCUCACAAUUUCUUACUUAGAUAUUACUACUCCUUUUGUAACAAAACCCACUUGUAAUAUAUCUAACAAAAUGG